AUGGCGGAUAUGCGAGUAACCUCCGCCAACAUGGCCGACAUGCCGGUCGCGGCGCACCUGGAAGGCGGUGCCCCGCCCAAGAUGAAGAACCGCCAACGGAUCCUCCGCGGAAUCCAGCGCAUGUCCUCGUCGCCCGCGCUCACGCACCUCGGCCGCCCGAGAGCGUCCAGCGCCCCGUACAGCAACCGGGGUAGCUUUUCCUGCCACAUCGCCCUCCACCGUCGCCUCGUCGGCGGCUUCCACGGUGGGGACCCCUCGGGCCCGGGAACGCCCAUGAGCGAAAUCUCGUCCUGCGACGGACUCGACAGCCCUUUCAUCGGCGUCCGCCGAGUCGACAGCCUUCGCUCGAAAGCACCCGUUUCGUCCACAACCUCGGCGCUACCGUCCGAUCUCAAGUCCACGAGACACGAUCGGAUCGGCGCCAGGGCUCGCUCGGCUUCUCAACCGAUGAAGGCGAGGAACGUUCAUUUCUGGUCCGACAUGCCCCACGAGCUCCGGAUCCAAAUAUUUUCAUACCUGGAGCCGAAAGAGCUGGUUCGUGUGUCGCGUGUCAGCAAGUCUUUCUAUAAGACGAGCUUCGACGGCCAGCUCUGGACCGAGGUCGAUGCGUCCGAUUUCUACCACAGGAUUCCCGCCGAGUCGCUCAGCAGGAUCCUUUCGGCGACGGCACCCUUUAUUAAGGACCUCAAUCUUCGAGGCUGCGUGCAAGUCGAGCACCAGAGGCGUGCAGAGGUCCUCGCUUACUCUUGUAAGAAUCUGGUCAACGUGAAUCUCGAGGGAUGCCGCAAUAUCCAACGCGACACCCUCCACGGCUUGCUCAAUGGCAACCAGAAGCUCGAGCGCCUCAACUUGACAGGUUUGGCCGCAGCUACCAACGCUACCUGCGAUAUUAUCGCGGAAUCGUGCACCAACCUCGAGGUCCUCCAGGUCUCGUGGUGCAAGCAAAUGGACGCCCAGGGCAUCGCGGCUAUCGUGAAUGCUUGCCCGCGCCUUAGAGACGUGCGAGCCGCUGAGCUCAAGGGGUUUGAUAGCAUCGACGUUGCGGCUGCCUUUUUCGAAAGGAACACAUUAGAGCGAUUGGUCCUCAGUGGGUGCUCUGAUAUUACCGAUGCGGCGCUGCAAACGAUUGUCCACGGUGUGGAUCCCGAGAUCGACAUCCUGACCGAUCUUCCCGUCGUCUCCGCCAGGGCGCUAAGACACCUUGACCUCAGCCGGUGUGCGCAACUCACCGACCGUGGAGUAUCAGCUCUCGGCCCAUUUGUCCCCAACUUAGAAGGCCUCCAAAUCUCGGGCUGCACAAGCUUGACGGAUUUGGCCCUUCAGCCCAUCUUUGACCACGCCUCCCGAUUGAGCCACCUCGAAAUGGAGGACCUGAGCGAACUUACCAAUACCCUCUUGUCGGAGCACCUUGCCAAGUCCGCGUGCGUUUCCCGAUUGGAGCACAUCUCGGUCGGGUACUGCGGCGGCCUAGGAGACGACGGCGUUUUGCCCCUCCUCAAGAACUGCACCAAGCUCAAGUCGGCCGAUUUCAACAACACCAGAAUCAGCGAUCUCGUGCUGGCCGAGGCGGCGGCCAUGGUCAAUGCGCGAUCUCGGCGGACGACGGACCCCUACGAAGCGCCCAAGGCGACGCUCCACAUGGUGGUGUACGACUGCGAGAACAUUUUGUGGACGGGCAUCCGGGAAGUCCUCUUCCGCAACUCCCAGGUCCAGUUCAACGGGGGCCAGGGCGACCCCACCUUCCCCACAGAAAUCAUCAGCCUCAAGUGCUUCUACGGCUACCAGAUGACGGUCGACGAGCACUCGAAGCGGGUUCUUCGGUGCGACCUCCCCGCCGCCGGCCGGCUCGAGCGGAAGUGGGCCGACUACAUGCAGGCGAACGAGGAAGCUGGCGUGGGUGGUGCGGGUACCCGGCGCCGCAGGCGGAGAGCUAGGGAAACUCGAUUGAUCCACGCUGAUGAGGAAGAGGGUGGCAUCACCAUGCCGCCUACGCUCCACCCCCGAUGCACAUGGGGCCCCGGCGCCCCCGGCACGUUUUCGCCCGGCACCAAGAUCCAGGUGGGCAGCCACCGUGUCGUCAUACAGAAAUACCUCUCCGAAGGUGGCUUCGCCCACGUCUACCUCGUCAAGCUCCCCCAGCCCAUCGACGGCACCGACUUGGCCGUCCUCAAGCGCGUGGCCGUCCCGGACAAGGAUACUCUGCGCGGCAUGCGCACCGAGGUCGAGACGAUGAAGAGGCUGAAAGGCCACCAUCCAAUCGUCACGUACUUCGAUUCCCACGCGUCCGAGAUGAAGGGCGGCGGCUACGAGGUCUUCCUGCUCAUGGAGUUUUGCGACGGCGGCGGUCUCAUCGACUUUAUGAACACCAGACUGCAGCACCGGCUCACGGAGCCCGAAAUUCUCAACAUCUUCACCGAUGUUGCUGAAGGUGUCGCGUGCAUGCACUACCUCAAACCACCUCUUUUGCACCGCGAUUUAAAGGUCGAGAACGUGCUAAUUGUCAACGCCCCCAAGGCCGCUCCCAAUACCAUAGUCGAGUGCCGCCUGAUCGAGGAGGAUAUUCAAAAGCACACUACGUUGCAGUACAGGAGUCCCGAGAUGGUGGACGUGUACCAGAAGUUACCAAUCGACGAAAAGUCGGAUAUCUGGGCCCUUGGCGUGCUGCUCUACAAGUUGUGCUACUACACCACGCCCUUUGAAGAUCAAGGGCAGCUGGCGAUCAUGCACGCGAGCUUCCGCUUUCCAAACCACCCCGUCUUCUCGGAAAGGCUCAAGAAACUCAUCGCCUCGAUGCUCCGGGAGAAUCAAGAAUCCCGGCCCAAUAUCUACCAAGUCCUCCAAGAGGCCUGCGCCAUGCAAGGUCGCAAGGUUCCCAUCAAAGACAUCUACGCUGCCAACGCAAACCCAGGCCGGCCGCAAGCCGCUGCGCCCACCACUUCCCAGCCACAACAGCCCCAGCCAGCGCCCCAGAAGCGGGAUCCGAACCGAUCGCCCCAGAGGGUGAAUGGCGAUCCGUUUGCGGCUCUAGACUCCAAAAAGGGUUCCGGUUCGGCCGACGAGCUCUCGUCGCGGUUCCCCACUCUCGACCAGUUUGAUCUCUUCCAUGCCAAGGGCAUGAAGUUUGAUUUUGAUGCGCCCUCGUCACCGGCCGGCGAGCCUUCGGAGGACCUGCGGGAUCGGGUAUCGGAGAAGCUAGCCGACGAAGCAUUUGCUCAUUCUCGGGCAAGCCCGCCCAAGGCUGCCGACGUACCCAAGCCGCCGGUUAGCACACCGCCAGUGGUACACCAUCUCCACCAACGCCUUCCGAGCCUAAGCAAGACGGCAUCGGCGCCAUCGGCGCCCGAGGCCAAUAUUGCCAACAUUGAGUCGAAUGUCGAUUUCCUUCGAAGCAUGGAACAAGACGAUAAGAAGAAGGACAAAGCUACCAGGCACCGCAGCAUUCCUUCGCUGUCGGGUAAACACAUCAUCGCAGGCAAGUUUGGCGACGCCUUCAAGCGAUUCGAAGGGCACGGCCAGUCUCAGCAGCCCCCACCGGCGCGGACCCCGUCGCCUUUGCGCGAUGACCCAAGGAACGACCUUGCGCCCGUUAUCAGCUUCGAAGCCACCGACGGCCGAAGCGACGACGCCGACCUCCUGGACAUGCGGGAAGAGAACAUGACGCCCGAGAUGCGUCGCGAGGCCGAACGCCUGCGCCUCGAGCAGGAGGAGCGGCGAGUGGAGGCGGCGGCGGCCGAGUAUCGGCAGCGCGUGACCAACAAGGAGGCCCCCGCGCCGCUUCCAAAGUCGAUUGGCGGGUACUCCCGCGCCGUGAGCAUCCAAAACAGGGUGCAAAGCCUUUUGAAAGAGGAGCAAAAGUCGACCACCAACGUCCAGAAGACGGCUCAAGGCUACGGACACUACGCAGAUACGGCGGCGGCCCAGAGCCGGUUAGACAAGCAACUACCCGAACUGCCGAGAAAACCGGUAGGCUCAUCGACCGGCGGACAGACGCCUCCUCCGUCAAACAACCCCGCAGCCGUGCCAAUACGCGCGAGGCCGGCCGUUGGGCCCAAGCCCGUGGCGCCCCGCAAGCCCGUACACCUGAACAACAUUCCCACUGGGGUCGGUCGGCGUCGCCCCCAAGUCUGCCAUCUAUCACCAGUCGCAGCAGCCGGCAGCUCCCCGAGAUUUCCGCAGGAUAUGACGCAGGCGCAGAAGGAGGACUACAUCAAUGACUUCUCGAAGAGGAUAUUCAAGAAUUCAACGAGCAUGGUGGAGGCGGGUCCGGCCGCCUCGGUGAAGAAGCCCAAAUCCAACGACUCGUCCCAAGGUGCUGCCGCCCCCUCCGAACCCUUUACGAUCCAGAUUAUCACGGGAUCCUACGACAGGAUCCUCCACGGCCUAACGGCCCUCGUCACCCCAGACGACAAGGUCGACUUCGCCGACACCUUCCUUUUCAACGCCCACACGACGGCGAUUCGAUGCGUGGCGCUCUCGGAGCCGUCGGCGCCGGUGCCGGGCCAGGGCCAAAAAGUGUUCCUCGUCUCGGGCAGCACAGACGAAAAGAUCAACGUAUACAGCCUGUCGGCGCACCCGCCGAGCCGCAAGAACCAGGACCUGCUGGCCAAGGUGGCGCCGCGGCCGAUCCUGGAGAACCGCAAGAACCGGGAGAUGGGCACGCUGCACCACCACGCGUCGACGGUGACGAGCGUGGCGUUCCCGACGCGGGGCAAGCUGCUGUCGGCGAGCGAGGACUCGACGAUUGCGGUGACGCGGACGAGGGACUGGUCGCUGCUGUCGGCAAUCAAGGCGCCGAUCGCGCAGCCCAAGGGGCGGCCGAGCGGCGACACGGCACCGUACCAGGGGACGCCGAGCGGGGUCAACGAUUUCGCGGUGCACCCGAGCCUCAAGACGAUGAUUAGCAAGGCGGGCGUGCUGAAUUUCGGGAGGGCGCUGCUCCGGGACGCGGGCGAGGGCAGGCACUCGACCGGGGAGGGGAGGCUGGUGCGCUGGGGCCGCGGAAAGGAAGGGGACGAGUUUGCCGUGAGCUUUGAUCGCAGCGUGAUUGUGUUUGGGGCGGAUGCCGUGGCGCGGUGCAAGGUGUUGCGGGAUGCUAGGUCGAGGGUGCAUGAUGUUGCUUAUGUCGAGGUUGGGGAGGAGGGUGAGUCGCUCCUGCUUGUGUCGACGGAGGAUGGCAAGGUGUUGUUGUACUCUACGCGGACGGCGGAUCUUGUGCAUCCGAAGAAGAAGAAGAAGACGACGACGAAGAAGGAUGCGGCGGAUGCCGACAGCGAAGAGGAGGAGGAGGAAGAGGACGAUGAUGAUGAUGACGACGAGGUCCUCCCCGGCGCGAAGCUUGUUGGCAGCGUCGGGGGCAGGGAGGAGGGUGUCCAGAGCCGCAUCAAGGCCUUUUCGGUGAUCAAGAAGGGCAAGGGUCUGGGCGAGACGCUCUACAUUGUCGGGGGCAGCAGCGACGGCAAGGUUCGGGUCUGGAAGGUGAGCGGCAAGGCGCUGGCCGGCGGGGAGGAUGAUCCGGCCAAGGUGGGCAAGCUGCUCGGCGUGUACGGGACGCAGAACCGCGUUACGUGUUUGAAGUCUUUUGAAAUGAUACCUAGGCCGGAAGGUGUGGAGGAUAGUGAUGAGGAGGAGGAGGGUUGGGAGGAUGAUAGUGAUGGCGAUGAGGAGGAGGGCGAGGGCGAGGAUGAGGAUGAGGAUUAA